UAUAAACAAUUGAAGCUGGGAAACACACGUGCAACAUAAUAAACAUAUUUGAUUUUUCUAAAUUUAUUACAUUUUUUAAAGUGAAAAUAAAUUAAAAACCAUGGCACGGAGACCGGAACAUUCAGCCCCACCAGAAAUCUUUUAUAACGACGAUGAGGCCAAAAAGUAUUCCAACAACACACGCAUUAUAGAAAUCCAAGUCGAAAUGGCUGAGAGAGCUGUGGAAUUAUUGACUCUAAAUGAAGAUGAGCCAUGUUUGAUACUUGAUAUUGGAUGUGGUUCUGGCCUCUCUGGUAGCGUCUUAGAAGAUAAUGAUCACGUAUGGGUGGGAAUAGAUAUUGCUAAAUCUAUGCUAGAUAUUGCAGUAGAAAGAGAAGUUGGUGGUGACCUGAUAUUGGGUGAUAUGGGACAAGGUAUGCCUUUUAAACCGGGUACAUUCGAUGGUGCCAUCUCGAUAUCAGCUUUACAAUGGCUGUGCAAUGCUGAUAAAACUUCACACAAUCCCCACAAACGAUUAUAUAAAUUUUUCUCUACACUGUUUUCUUGUCUCACAAGAACGGCUCGCGCUGUUUUCCAGUUUUAUCCUGAAAAUGCCGAUCAAAUCGAAAUGGUAACUUCACAAGCGAUGAAAGCUGGUUUCUAUGGCGGCAUUGUCGUAGAUUAUCCCAAUUCGACCAAAGCGAAGAAGUAUUUCCUAGUACUGAUGACUGGUGGGGCAGCUUCUAUGCCACAAGCUUUAGGCAACGAAGAAGAUGAAAGACGCAUUAGUUAUAUUAAAAAAAGGGAAAUGUGCAGGGACGCUCGUGGGAAACCAAUGAAGAAGUCUCGUGAUUGGAUUUUGGCCAAAAAGGAACGCAGGAGACGUCAAGGCUUAGAAACCAGACGAGACACCAAGUACACUGGCCGGAAACGUAGUGGUCGCUUUUAAAUAAAUAACCCUUAUUUAUUAUUGUUACAUAUAAUCAAUUUCGUUUUUUAUGAUAGUAAAAUACAUACAAUAUUAGCAGGUUCUCCUCCUUCAACAACAAAUAAUAAUAAAUUAUUUACAAUUUUCUACAUAAAUCUAAAUAAGCUAAA